AUGCCUGUGGUCGACCCCCAUCACCAACGAAGUCAAGCUGCGAGUCUUCCUAUCCGCAUGAUCAUGAUCAUGAUGUACGGAUCGGAGACUUGGGCAGCACCAUCUAAGGUGAUGGAGAGGCUUGAUUGCACGAAGCGAAAGCUGCUUAGACGGCUACUUGGCUACUUUUGGCGCAGGGAGACCAGCAGAUCGCCUUGUUCAACGAGUUUCGAGGAGUUUGUCGGGUUCAAGCUGGAAGAGGCCAACUGGCCGAAAGCGGAAGAUCUGGGCUUAAAUGAUGAAAGAGGACAUGAGGACACUCGGCGUGGAUAUGCCGAGUGUAGCUAG